AUGCUGGCAAUAGGGGUGGAGUUUAAGGUAAACCCAGUCGCCAAUCUCAAAAGUGCAUUUCGUGCAUUUCCUGUCAUGGAAUUGCUUCAUUCGGUUCUGCACAAGGAGCAGGUUGUCAUGGAGAAGACAAAGCGUCGCGUCACGAUCGCGAAGGGCGGUGUCAACUGCCUAAACCGUGGUAGUGCCCGUGAGGUACGAGUGAAUGGAGGGUGGGGGAAUCCCGUAGAGGGCCUGGAAGGGGGACAUGCAAAUUGCAGAGUGAAAACUGGUGUUAUACCACCAUUCCGCCCAAGGAAGGAGGGUGGACCAGGCCUUUGGUUGAUCAACAGAGAAGCAUCGAAGAUAAUGUUCGAGGGUACGAUUGAGCACCUCAGUUUGGCCAUCAGUUUGGGGGUGAUAGGCGAUGCUAUGGCAAAGCUUGGUUUCCUGGGCUUUGAAGAAGGCAGACCAGAAAUUACUAAGGAAGGUGGGAUCACGAUCGGAUACUAUUGUUUUGGGCAUGCCAUGAAAGCGAUAGACUUCUUUAAUAAAGAGGUCAGCCGCUGUGGCAGCCAAGUAAGGGUGGGCAAGAGCAAUAAAAUGUCCAUAUUUUGUCAAGCGAUCAACCACAACAAGGAUGACGUCUUUCCCGUCGGAUUUGGGCAAUCCCUCUAUGAAGUCAAGGGCAAUGUCCUGCCAAAUGGUGGUGGGAAUUGA